AUGUCUAACUUUACCAUUGUGAAGGAAUUCCUCCUCAUGGGGUUUUCUGAUAUCCGAGAGCUGCAGAUCAUAUAUUCUUUCCUUUUCUUACUGAUUUUCUUAGUUACCCUGUUGGGGAAUCUGCUUAUUGUCAUUGUUACCACUAUUGACAGGCGUCUUCACAACCCCAUGUACUUUUUCCUUAGGAAUCUGUCCGUCAUGGAUGCCUGCUACAUAACAGUCAUUCUCCCUAAAGCAUCUACCAACUCCCUGUUGAACACCAGCGCUAUCUCAAAGAAUGAGUGUGUGGCCCAGAUCUUUCUUGUAGUUUUCUUUGCCUAUGUGGAGUUGACCUGCCUCACCAUCAUGGCCCGUGAUCGCUAUGUUGCUAUAUGCCAUCCACUCCACUACACAGCGAUCAUGAGUCCCCGAGUCUGCAUGCAGAUGACCUUGACAUGCUUUCUCACUGGCCUCGUGUAUGUAGGUUUCCAUACUGGUUACACAUUUCGAUUGCCUUUCUGCCAAUCCAAUGUGAUCCAUCAGUUCUUUUGUGACAUCCCCUCUUUACUCAAACUCUCUUGUUCUGAGACCUUCAGUAAUGAAAUACUUAUAGUUGUCUCUGUCCUGGGUGUUGGAGGUGGUUGCUUUACCUUCAUCAUUGCUUCUUAUGUUCGCAUAUUUUCCACAGUGCUGAAGUUUCCAGUGAAAGAAGACCGGAGAAAAGCCUUUUCCACCUGCAUCCCCCACAUCAUCGUUGUAUUAGUGUUUCUGAUUUCAAUCUUUUUCGUACCUCCAGCCAUCUUCAUUUUCUGCAUCCAUUGA